UGACGAUGCUAGCUCAUAAGUGGGUCAACAAAGAUGGCAUCCAAAAAAGUUGGCCAUAAAAAUUUGAAAACAAAAUAAAAUAAAAUAAAGAAUUCAACAAAAUCGAAGAAGAAGAAAAGGCCAAAAAACAACUGUUGUAGAAAGCAAGACCACAAUGGGCAUUACCAUCAACCUGUGUGGUGAAUUAUAUUGUCUCAUAGCUGCGAGAAUCAUGUACUUCCAAAUGAAUCAUGAACACAAGAUAGAAGGCCAUUUUUAGAUGGUAAGGAAUACCAAAAUCUUAAUCAGAAAGUGAGCAACAAAAUAUGGAGAUCAAGAAGUCAAAGGAAGAUGAAUUCAAGAUCUUCAUCAAGGUAUGGCUCUCAAUCUUUGCAUCUCUAAGCUAUUGCUAUUUCAUAGCCUCAAAGCUUCCGAAAGGCAAACUCAGACUCAUCUCUCUCCUCCCAGUCUUCUUCCUCUUCACCAUCUUACCUCUCUACCUAUCCACAGUCCUCCCAACAGGUGUCACAGCCUUCUUCAUCACUUGGCUCUGUAGUUUCAAGCUCCUUCUCUUCUGUUUUGAUUUGGGUCCUCUUUCUUCUGACUACCCACCAAAAUCUUUCUUCUAUUUUCUCUCAAUUUCUUGCCUACCAAUCAAAAUCAGCAAUUCCCAAAAACCCCCUAAACUGCCUCUCAAUUGGGCAACAAAAGCAUUGAUUUUGUCCCUCUCUGUUGGUCUCCAUGAUUACACAAAACAAUUGCGCCCAAACAUUGUUUUAGGCCUGUAUUGUUGUCUGCUAUAUUUCUUUCUAGACAUUGUUUUGGGCACGUGCAAUGCAGUGGUCCGACCCGUUCUUGGUAUGGAGCUCCAAUCGCCUUCCGAUGAGCCCUACUUUUCUACAUCUCUGCAAGAUUUCUGGGGAAGAAGGUGGAACCUCAUGGUAACCAACGCUCUGCGAGACACCGUAUACAAACCCACCAGGAUUGCGUUGGACCCGCUUUUGGGCUCAAAUUGGGCUCCACUUGCGGCGGUGCUUGCGGCUUUCACGGUGUCGGGUCUAAUGCACGAGCUAAUGUACUAUUACGUGAUACGUGUGCCUCCCACGUGGGAAGUCACGUGCUUCUUUGUUCUCCAUGGCGUGUGUUUAGUUGUGGAGUUUGGCUUGAAGAAGGCAUUGUUUGGAAAGCUGAGGCUGCCUGGGGUUGUAUCAGGAGCAUUGACUCUGGCUUUUGUGGUGAGCACUGCUUUCUGGUUGUUUUUCCCUCCAUUGUUGAGGAAUGGUACGGAUUCAAGAGCUAUUGAGGAGUGUAAGAUGUUGGUGGGUUUUGUGAAGCAGUUCUUUAACUGGUCUAAAACUACAGUUAAAUUAUGACAUUGAUCUCUACUUGUGGAAUGGCAAUUUUUUAUCUUCGUUUUUUUACUUGGUAAAAAUGAGUACAAUUUCAUCGGAGAAAUUGCAAAUUGCUACCGACUAGUUUUAGAACAGAGUUUUUCAAAUUAUCUAUUUUUAGCUUUUUAAUCUUUAUGGUUUUGUUUGCUUAAAACAAAUGAUAUGUAGAAGAUUCCGAGAGAAAUUCUAACCAUGACAAUUGAGCAGUAAAAUUUCCAUGACAUGCAUAGUUUGGUUUGUCUGUGAUUCCAGUCUAUUUGGGACAGGGUUAGUGGGACAUUGAAUUGAUACUAACUUAAAUAUUGGGAUUUGUCAUAACGUAAUGACCAUAAUUUAUAUAUAUAUAAUUUUGUUAUGAUGGAUGUAAUAUUAUAUUAUGAUGGGAUCUAUAAAUUAUAUAUAAUUGGAUGCUGAUAGUGUGCGUGUGCGCGUGCAUGUGUGUGUGUAUUUUGAUACUUCUUCUGAGAUUGUUUGAAAGUAACAGAUAUUAAAGCAGACACUUGUCAAAGAUGAAGUAAGAAUUCUUGGCCUUCCAACCCUGCAGCCAAUGCUCUGAGUUCUUUUUGCCAUCACAAGUAUUGAAUGUCUCUUUAAUAUUAUAUAACCUUGUUUCUAGUCAAAGUCCCUUUUGGAGAGAAUGUGAUAUCCAUCUUCCUGAAAUUGCUAAUCUUCCCUUAGCAACCAUUUCUUCUAUAUUCAUUUAGGAACUCUGUUUUAUUUUUUUUAUUUUUUAUUUUUUUAUUUUUAAUUUUUAAUAAUAAUAAUAACAAUAAUAAGUAAUUCGGGGGAAAAAAAAACAAUGGAUUUUAUAACACACGAAACCACGUUACAAUAGGUAGAAGUAGCAUAUCACGGACAGUGAUCAUGGUAUACAUUAAAAAAAAAAAGAAAAAAAAAAACCAAA